AUGCUAUGUAGUUGUAUUUGGAGCGAGCUACAUCGGGCAAAUGAAUUCAUCAUCAUCAUCAUCAUCAUCAUCAUCAUCAUCAUCAUCAUCAUCAUCAUCAUCAUCAUCAUCAUCAUCAUCAUCAUCAUCAUCAUCAUCAUCAUCAUCAUCAUCAUCAUCAUCAUCAUGCUAUGUAGUGCGGAGUUGAUGUCGUUUACAAACACGGGUAACCGCGCGCGCCCGCAGGAAACUCAACGGCUAGCAUGUAGGUGA